GUUGUCAUGUAGUAUGAUCCACAGAGCGAAAAGUCUGGUCGCCCGCAGCUGCUUCGGAAAGAGGGGGAUCUGGAGAGAGGGAGGAGAGGAGCGGAGAGGAGAGGAGAGAAAGAAAGUGACAGGAAGCCACCUCAUUAAACACUGACAGUGGGGUCAAAGACAGAGAGGAGAAGAAAGAGUGUGUCCAGAACACACCAUAACCAUAUGGUGGUCUUAGAAGUGGAAAAGACAGCAGAAAAGGGGUGGUCUGUUACUUCAGAAAAGAAAAAGUGUGAACUAAAAGGAAACUUUCCCUGAAAAAGUUAGAGACUCCAUCAUGUCAACGCUCUCGGCAGAGACAGGCCCUGAGGAUGCCAACAAUCAGAGCUUCUGGAUGACAGGGAACUACCACCGGACAGUGAAGAGGACCGAAGAUGCCUUCCAGGCGUGUAAUGAUAUAGUGGCGUGUUUCCAGGAGAGGGCCAGGGUCGAGAGACAGUACGCGCAGCAACUUAGUGAGUGGAGUACCAAGUGGAAACCUCUAGUGGAUGCUAGUCCUCUCUACGGCUCUCUGUUACGAGCCUGGCAGUGCUUCCUCUCUUCUGCUGACCGCCUCUCCUCGCUGCACUCCUCCAUCUGUCGUGCUCUGGUGUCAGAGGAUGGAGAUCGCAUGCGGACAUGGCAGAAGGAGACUUUUCGUAAGAAGAUAUUUGGAGGUUUCAAGGAGUCCCAGGAUUUUGAAACUGGUUUCUCACGUGCUCAGAAGCCCUGGGCCAAGAGACUGAAGAAGCUAGAGAAGGCUAAGUCAGCGUUUCACAAAGCUUGCCGUAAGGAACACAUGGCUCGUGAGCGGGAGGCCCAUGCCCAAGGCAACCCUGACAUUGCCAUCGAGAAACAGAGGAAGAUCCAGGAAGAGACUGAACUGGCUCACCAGGAAACCGAGAAAGUGCGAGCCCGCUAUGAGAAGAUUCUUGAGGAAGUGACGCGUUAUGCUCCACGCUACAUGGAGGAAAUGGAGUCGAUUUUUGACCAAUCGCAGGAGGAGGAGAGAAAGAGGAUAAGCUUCCUCAAACAGGCUUUCCUGUCCAUCCACAGACACUUGGAUGUCACCAACAAUGAGAGCGUAAAAGCCGUGUACAAUGAGCUCCAUAACACUCUGAUGUCCAUCAGCGAGCAGGAAGAUUUGCGCUGGUGGAAGAAUACAUACGGGCCAGGAAUGCCCACCGACUGGCCUCAAUUUCAGGAGUGGACUCCAGACAAGAAGCAUAAAAAGGGAAAGAAGGAGGUGGAGCAGAAAGCAGUAGUGAUGGAGAGAAGUGUAAUGAUUGGAGGAGUGAGAGUCAGAGCUCUCUAUGACUACGUUGGACAGGAGACGGAUGAACUGUCCUUCAAAGCAGGUGAGGAGUUUCUGAAGAUCGAGGAUGAGGAUGAUCAGGGUUGGUGCAGAGGCAUGAUGAACUGGCGCAUGGUCUGUGACGAGGGUGAACCGGCGGCCCCAGAGGUAGUACUUCAACUCCAGGACUUCCCACUUUAUGGCCAGGGCCUCUUUCUCCAGCGUCGCGUACCUGGUUUCCGCGGGGGAGAGUUUCCUGCUGAUAUAGACCACGGGGUGUUCCUCUCCAUCCCGGAGCUGGAAGAGGACUGCACCUAA